AUGGCGCGCGGGAGCCGGCCGGGCCCGCUGCGCGCCCUGCUGCUCUUGGCCUUGCUGGCCGCCCUGCCGCUCCCGCAGGGAGGCGGCCCGGCGGCCGCGGCCCCGGAAGGGGUUCUGCCGGGGGGCGCCCCCCUCCCGCUCGCCCAGGCGCUGCUGGGCCUGGUGCCGCCCUCCGCCCGGGCGCGGGCGCGGCGCAGGAGGCGAGCUCGCGGGGAGCCGCUGCGCUACAUGCUCAGCUUGUACCGGAGCGUGGCCGACCGCCACGGGCAGCCUCGCGGGGACCGGCGGCUCAGCACGGACACCGUGCGCCUCGUCCAGCCCUUCGCCAAGGCCCGCCAGCCGCGGACAGGUGCCUGGCUGGUCUGGAACCUCGACUACCACCUGGAAAUCGAGCCCCAGGUGGAGCGCCUGGUGAGGGCCACGGUGGUGUACUCCCAGACGCAGUCCUCCCCACGCAGCCAGUUCCUGUGCUCGGCCGAGCUGCUGUCCAGCCGAAGGGCCACAUCCCGGGCCCCCCUGGGCCUCGCCUCCCCACAGGCCGACGGGAGGAGCACCACCACCGCCUCCUCCCGGGAGAGCUGGGUGGAGAUGGACCUGUCCGUGCGCCUCCCGCUGUGGGCCUGGGCCCCCCCCAAGAGCCGGGUGGUCCACGUGAGCCACGCCUGUGCCUGCCUGGGAGGGUUGUGGGGCCAGGAGGACUCCCCCGCUCUGCACGACCCCUUCCUCCUGCUGUACCUCAACGACACCCGGAAGGUCCUUCGGACCGGGCUGAGGGGCUUGGGCGCCAGGCUCGUGCCCUCCCCACGAAGGCCGGCUCACGUCCGCUGGGCCCGCCAGGCGGGCGAGCUGGCCCUGGACCUGCCCGGCUACCGCUGCACGGAGCACGCCGAGCGGAGCCAGUGCGCCCUGCACCCCUUCCGGGUCAGCUUCCGCCAGCUGGGCUGGGACCACUGGAUCAUCGCCCCCUCCUGGUACCGGCCCCAGUACUGCAAGGGCAGCUGCCCCCGCGUCCUGCGCUACGACUUCCACUCCCCCAACCACGCCGUCGUGCAGAACCUCAUCAACGAGCUGGUGGACCCGAGCGUCCCCCGCCCCUCCUGCGUGCCCUACGAGUACGGGCCCAUCAGCGUCCUCAUCCUGGAGCAGAACAGCGACAUCCUCUACAAGGUGUACGACGACAUGGUCGCCAAAUCCUGCACCUGCCGCUAG